CCACUUCUGACCGGGGAGCCAGCUCCCCAUCCUGAAAAACCUGUCUGGGGGCCUGCCCUGAGGCUGGAGGGCCCAAAGGGCAGGUUGGACAGGAUUCCCCUGCAGCCACUCCCACCGCAAGACAAAAUCAGCCACCUGGGGGGCCAAGUGGCACUUGCUUCAGGAAGCCCCAGCCUGCCAGCACCUGUCCCAGCUCCCAGCUAUGGCAUCCCCGCUGCCGCUGCCGGUCAGGGCCUUGCCCUUGAUCCUGAUGCUGCUGACUGUCCUGGCCCUGGGGACUGCAGCAGACUUCAACAUCUCAAGCGUCUCUGGUCUGCUGUCCCCUGCGCUGACGGAGAGCCUGCUGGUUGCUCUGCCCCCCUGUCACCUCACAGGGGGCAAUGCCACACUGAUGGUCCGGAGAGCCAAUGACAGCAAAGUGGUGAAGUCCAGCUUCGUGGUGCCUCCGUGCCGCGGGCGCCGGGAGCUGGUGAGUGUGGUGGACAGUGGGGCUGGCUUCACCGUCACCCGGCUCAGUGCCUACCAGGUGACAAACCUCGUGCCCGGGACCAGAUACUACGUUUCCUACCACGUGACGAAGGGGGCAUCUGCUGAGUCCAGUAGAGAGAUCCCAAUGUCCACGCUUCCUCGGAGGAAGAUGGAAUCCAUUGGGCUGGGCAUGGCCCGGACGGGGGGCAUGGUGGUCAUCACAGUGCUGCUCUCUGUCGCCAUGUUCCUGCUGGUCGUGGGCUUCAUCGUCGCCCUGGCACUGGGCGCCCGAAAGUGAGGAGGCCCUCACCAGGCAGCAGGCCUCCGGAAGGUCCGGGAAGGUCUGCUCUCCAUUCCCCCAGCCCUCGCUUUGCCCUCUGUGCCUGCCUUCUCUCCUGAAAAGGCUGCCUGCUCCCAGGCCUCAACCAGGAGGCUUUGGUUCUUUGGGUGCCUUCACCCCCCCUCCCUGCCCCCUCUCACUGGAGCCCUUUCCUCCCUCUGCCCCUCCCCUUGUCCCCAGAGCCUCACCUUCUCCCCACACUCCCUAUAACCCCCUCACCCCACUUGUGUCAGAAUGGACGCGCCUUCCACUUCACCUCUUUAAUCUCUCCCCCUCAACAAUUCA